AUGACGUCAGCUGACGAAAAUUCUUAUGGGAGGCUAAUCGGUGCGAUCAUCUGUUCAGAGCUGAGAGAAUGUUUUUGAUCUGUUUAUACUCGGAUAUCUAGAAAUUGAAAUGAAAUUUGGUAGCAAUUUUACCAUGAUCCCAUCCGGCACCUAAACGAGGGCACGACCCGGUGAUAUUUUGAGACUCGAUUGUGAUUGCAAAAUUCUUCACAGGGACGAGAGAGAUGGACGAAAUUUUGCUGCAUAUAUCGCAGAGGCUGGAAGCACUGCAGGUGCUGCUGAGUUCGACGUUGUCCAGCUCUCGGUCUCACCUGCAAGAAUGGGCACGGCAGAUCGCACCGUGUGUCGCCAGACUGAAGGAGAUUUUCGCAUCGUGCGUGCACCAACUGGGCGACACGGCCGCUGCUUUUCGAGAAAACGCCAGCACAAUUUUCGCCCGCACCUGGAACAAUGCAAGUCCGAUAAUGGCCGAGCUGCAGGAGCGACUCUGGCUCAUCCUGCAGUGGCUCAAAGAAGUCAUUGCACAAUUCUGGGACAUGAUCAGUCAACGCUCAAGAUUACCUAGUCUCCCAUCUAGUGUUUCGCCACCGAAAAUCCCCGAUACCGUUCUCCAAAACGGAUUAUUUAGAGCGCUUAAAGCGAACGAAACGCCAUUCAAGGAUAUCAUGAGCCAGCGAUCGCUCGGCUUUGCCAUAGGCUGCGUCGUCGGACUCACUCUCGGUCUGAACUGGAGGCACAAAUCUCUUUACAGUCCUGUUUUCAUGAAAGCCAUCUCCAUUUCCUCUGCCAAAGGCAUCGAGGGCGUAUCAAUGGUCGACGACUCGCCGAGCCCUGUGAUCCUGGAGGCGGACCAGGUCCUGAUCGAAGUCGUGGCCAGCUCGAUCGACCCCGUGGACCUGGCGAUCUGCACCGGCUACGGACGGGCCGUGCGCAGGCUCCUCGGCGUUUCGGAGCAGUCGCUGGUGCUGGGCCGCGACUGCGCCGGGGUAGUGGUCGAAGUGGGUCGCGGGGUGGCGUGGGUGGCCCGCGGAGACGAGGUCUGGCUGGCCGUGCCGCCGUGGCGUACCGGAGCCAUGUCCGAGCUGGUUGUCGCCAGGGAGCAGCAGGUGGCGCUCAAGCCCAAGAUGCUCAACUUCGAGGCCGCCGCCACCGUGCCCUACGCCGCCCUCGUCGCUUGGGACGCCGCCGUCACUCAGGGAGGACUCAGCCCGCAGAGUGCCAGUGGAAAAAGAAUUCUGGUACGAGACGCGGGGAGCGCAGUGGGCUGCGUGCUGGUCCAACUGUGCAAGCUGUGGGGCGCGCACGUGACGGCCGUGGUGUCCGCGCGAGGCAAGGAAGUUGCCAGGCAGAUCGGUGCUUCGGAGGUGCUCGUCGCCUCCAUCGACCUGGACAUGGAGAUCCGUUCGAGGCCGCGAUACGACAUCGUUUUCAACACCGUCGGGUCCAGCCUCAACGUGUUGUGCCACCGCGCCGUCGACCCUGACGGAAAGGUCAUCUGCACCGCCCCUGCUGCGAUACCGGCCGACUCGUACGGCUUCAUCUUCGGCUCUCUCUACGCGCUCUGGGCAAGGCUGAAAUACUUCCUUCAGGGCCAUGAUCUGAUGAUAAAGCCGUGGAGUCCGGUGAACCAGGGUAGGACAAUAUUGGAGCAAAUCAGGAAGCUGGUAGAGUCAGGGCAGCUGCAGCCGGUUGUGGACAGGGUGUUCUCCGCGGCUGAUGCCGAGUUAGCUUUUCAACACGCGUCAUCAAGCACUGCGGUCGGAAAAACUGUCGUACAUUUUAGGAGUCAAGCCAAAUGGCACAUCCCCGGCUGGCAGCCCGGCAAACACACUGUCUCCCCUUACCGCCCCUCGGUGGCUAUGCUCUCCCGAUCGGAGCAAAAGUCUCUGUUGAACAGAGUCUUCGCCCCUUAAAUUAAGUUUCUAGUGUUAAUGUCGGUUGGCUUUAAGCAAUUUCUCUGGUGCUGUUUCAGGACGUUGGGUCGAGGCCGCUGCCUGUCCUAGUAGCAAUAACCAUAGCUAUUUAUUAUUACAACACGAUUCACUUUAUUUUCAAAAAAGUCAUUAUAUAACUUGUUA